CAAGAGACUCCAUCGCGUUGAAUAGAUUAGUUUCAACGGAGAAAUCGUACGGUUAGUUCGCCGAUCUCAGAGAAAUAUUCAUACGUACUUACAAGAGUGAUUUAUUAAAAUAUUUACUUAAAACAUCAUGAUAAAAUACGUAGUAAUCUUGUUCGCCACCUUUAUUUUGGUCCAAUCGCAGAGGCCAACUUAUGCUGGAAGUAGCAAGCCAUAUCCUGGCGUCCUUCCACAGUAUCUGGAUGAACAAGCAGCAAUAACUAGUGCUACUACUGGAACCGUCGGAAAUCGAAUCGAUGUAAACAAUAUGAAUGGGCUAGUAGGAGCAGUAGGAGCUGUAGCACCUAAUACUCCUAUCAUAACAUCAACGAUUCCUCCAGAUUUGCCAGUAGACGCUAUGGGAGAUGUUGCCUUAAUAAAUCGAAUCAAAACUUGGCCGAGAGAUAAACAACCGUUUUGGUUUAUAAAUUGGCAACAAAUUCAAGAACACCGUGGUGACUCAAAAAAUAGAGCUCAACCAGUUGAGACGCAACCGAAUCAGAGAUCGUUUUUCGCGGGUUAAAUAUUUCGAAUUUCGUUACUUCGUAUUUAAUUUCAGACGACGUACAUUGCCGUCGUUAUGUUGCUAGUCAAAUUAAAUCUUUUGUACGACUUAAUCUUGAUACAGUUACUUUAUCGACACAGGAUUAAAUAUCCAAUGAAUUUCAAUAGUCAAAGUAAAAAUACACUUCGAAUCAGUAUCAAUGUCUCUGUAUAAAAAUCAUUAUUUCAUAUAAGGAGAGAAAAAGGAGCGUUUGUAAUAUCGUUUUUAAGCUGUGUGUUUUACGAAUGAAUAAAAAGGUAGUAAUUAAAUGUGGUAAAUUCUAGUGUACUUGAAAAAUUUUAAAUUUCCAAUCCACCUGCUGAGCAAGCCAGAAUGGCCAAUAAGGUACCACGAGGAGACGAGAUAGGAUAGAAAUCUAAAGGUCUGAUUGGUCCAAUCGAGUUGCGCACGAGUAGCUGACUAUUCGUCGGUGACGUCAUAUUACUUCGUCCAAUGCAAGUGCUCGGAUCUCACAGUAAUAACCUUACGUGCGUGCGGUACGCUGAAGCGUGUUACUCGUAUUCGGGCGUACAAACGCGAAAGAAGUGGUAGAAUACAUCGCUCCGUGAAAGAUGUUAGCCGACAGGGUCUUGCCAGACAAAAUUUUGAAAGUUCAAUAGGUUAUUUUUCUCGUAUAUGAGAACGCGUAUGCUCUAUAAGCAAAUGUAUUCAAAGUAUUAUCGCGUUAAGAAAGAGACAGAUCGUACGCGACCCGCGGCACCUGACAGUCCACGCGGCCCGGCCCCAAAACACUUUCGCCUCGCUAUAUACACGAGAAAUCGCAUUGUGUUUCAUUCACAACGCGAGCGCCACUGGCAAUGUCGGGAAGUGACAGCCCAACAUUCUUUCACGGCCAGCCCUGGUCCACCUGGAUCGAAAAAAUCGGACGGGACAAGCCGUUGAGUAAGUGCGCUGAAUCUCAUCGAAAAUGUUCGUUCGUUUGCUCUCGUUUGGUUUAAAGCCGCGACAACGGCGAGCGUCUAGCUCGUGUACCUAACCUCAACUUCGAUGCUCCUUUGUCUAUCGACUUGACGCAGGGCAUCGUUAGGGCCAGCAUUGACACGCAUUUAUUUAAAACGGUUGUCAACAAUUGUCCAGCGCUAAUCACGGUUGACAUUUUCGUAGAUGAUCGCGCGUAUUUUAUUGGCUCUUUCCAUUGACAAUUAUGUAAUUCGUGGCGAAACCCGUUUGUGAAAACGAUGGAGCGUCGAAACGUUAGAUUAGAGCAUGUAGAAAUAAUACAUUGGCAUGAAUCACUGAAUUUCGUAAAACGAACGCGACCGAACCCGCGUUGUUUGAUGGACUUUUUCUCAAACGAAUAUAUGUACACUUGUAUUUUUAUUAUAUUUGUGCUCUGUUCUCUCUUAUAAGACUUUUUUGUUACAAGAAUUAUGCAUGUAAGAAACAUAAACAUAAUAAAAGUUGUUUACUCAGAA